AUGGCUCGUGUUCCAACAAUAGCCAACGUCGUCCGCGGUGCAGGCGUCAACAUCGUACUCAAAGCAGACCAACCCACAGGCCGCACCGUCUCCGGGAUCGUCCAGGAUGUGCUCACGCGCGGCAACCACCCUCGAGGCAUCAAAGUCCGGCUCUCCGACGGCCGGGUCGGACGAGUUCAGUCUCAUACCGAUGGCAGGCAGCAAGCACAAGAUCCGUCAUUUAUAUCCUCGGAAGUCGCCGACGGCUCGACCGGGUAUGGAGACUCACGUAGACCUCCCCGCCGUGGCGGCGGUCGCAGGCAAGAUGCCGAGCCUGAGUUGCCUUCGGCGCAGGUUGGACUUGAGGCUUACAUUCGGCCUGCUAAGCAGAAGAAUGGUGGGCGAGGUAGAGCGGCUGCGAACUCUGACGCUGAGGUGCAGGAAGUGGCGCCUACUCCGGUUUCUGAGACCGUGACCUGCCCUGUCUGCGGCGAGUUUGAGGGUGAUGCUGCUGCUGUUGAGCACCAUGUCGCGGGUCACUUUGACUGA